AUGGCUCGCUCCAUCCAUGUGGUUCUGGUUCUAAUGGCUGCACUCUUAGUGGCCUCAACAAGGGCCCAAUCCCCUGCAUCAUCGCCGUCCACAUCUGCUGCAUCUUCUCCAUUGAGCACUCCACCAACAGCUGUUCCUUCUCCACCGAGCACUUCUCCUUCUCCAUUGAGCACUCCACCAAUGGCUGCAUCUUCUCCUCUUCCAUUGAGCACUCCACCUGCCGCCACUCCUUCUUCAUCGAGCAGUACUCCACCAGCCACCACUCCCUCUCCAUCGAGCACUUCACCGGAGGCAGCUCCUUCUAACGAGCCCGUUGCCUCUCCCCCUUCUCCUCCCUCGUCUUCCCCUGUCAUCUCUCCAGAGGUUUCUUCCUCUUCCGACGUCUCUGUUGAGACUCCUGUACCUGCCCCGAGCGGUGCCAAUUUGAAUAGGUUCACUGUUGCUGGAUCUUUGGCCGUUGGGACUUUCGCUGCUGUCUUGGUUAUGUAG